AUUUCUAAAUAGAAUUGCAGUAUUGUCAGAAAGUCAGACAAAACGGUCAUCGGUUUUGAUUAUGAAGAAAAUGCUCCACCCCUAUAUCCAGUUAAGUGCUAAUAAAUUUAUAUUAAUUUUACAGAUCCCCGGGUGCAGAUACAGAUCACAUUGAAACCACCUGGUGAUGCAUUAGAAGACAGCUUCCAAGUACUCAUACAAAAAAAGAACUUUGUUCCAGUCACAUUUCUUCCAGUUUAUGUGUGGGUUGUUUCACGUGCGUACUUCACAGUUCUAGACUGAAACAGACUGAGUUAUGGGCACCGAUGUCUUGUCCUGCUCGGCCAUUCUAGAGCGAUACGUCAUUCCGCGUUUACGGCUCGACCAUGUUUCAGACGGAACUCAGAAACAGUUCAUUUCCAUCUUUGGGGAACACAUCUCACGGUGCCUGGUUCGGCUGGGUGAAUACAUGGGAAGAUCUGCCGAUGUAAUCACUUCUAAGCUGCAGAGUUGCGGCGAUGUGACAAUGUUAGACCAGUUUCUUGCUCAUACGAAGAGGACACAUGAUAAUUUUGAGAGUUACAUCUCCAAGGUCCACAUGUGCUACACGUCUAUGCUUGAAAUGGGACCCGGUGGAAAAUCAGAUGGUGAGACUUGUUCAAGGGAUCAGCCACAUUUAAAUGCAAUAAAGAAGCACUUCAAUAGAUUACGCAAAGAUAUACUGACACCUCAAGGCAUUGUCGACCAUCUAGUGGCUGGGGGGGUGUUUACUGAAGACGAUGUAGAGAGCAUUGCAUCAACGAGACUUUCAAGACGGGAGCGAAAUGAAGAACUUCUGAAACGAAUCGCCGACAAAUGCAGCAGUGAACAAUUCACCAGCGUUGUGUUGCCAGCAAUCAAGGAAGAUCACCCUCAGCUGGAGGAAAUACUACAGGAAACGUUACGAGAGCAAGCCAGCAACACAGAAAGUGAAAGUCGUAAAAGAUGUGGAUUUUGUUUGAUUCAAAGCACAGUGGAACCCAGGAGGUUGGCGCAACAUCUGCUUGAAGUGGAUGCCAUAUCACGGAACGUGUAUACCGAUCUUCGGAAUGCCCAGCUUCCCAAUACUGUCAAGUGGAGCAUUUUGUUUGACAACCUCAAGAAUUGCCUUGUUCUGGAGGCAGCGUUGAGAGUGGAGUAUCCGGCUGUAGUGGACGAGGUUGUUCAGAAUGGAGGCGUUAGUAAGGAGUGCGUGUGUUCACAGAACGACGGUGGUUCGAAUCUCCAUCAGGGAAGCAGUGUCUUUGCGUGUUCAAGUCCUCAAUCCGAUAUUGCGUGUAAUUCUGAUCUUGAAUCGAUGCUCAAUGACCUGGAUGAUAGGAGCACAGAUUCAGGUACCAGUUCACCUAGCAUAAUCAUGUCCAACAUGAGCUCACUGACUAGCAGCAAUCUGCCACUAGAUGGCCUACUGUUUCCUUUCUACAACCCGAGACGGGCAUCACCGGGAUCAAGUCCCCGGAGAUGCGACACAGAAUCUGUGAGCAUGACCGACAAGCUUGAUGUGAUGAAGUUAAACAACAGUCAUGUUUUGGAAUGCCUCGACCAAGUGCCAAAUGAGGAAAUUAAUAAAUGUGCCAAAAAAUUAGUAAAGAAACUAGUUCGAUUCCAGCAUCAGUUUAACAGAAUUUCAGCUGAGGGAGAUGUAAGACCGAGAAUUGUGCUUGAUGCGGAAAAAGUUGUCCAUCACCUGAAUCUGAGGCACAUCAAAUGUGUGAUCAUCUUCACAAACCCGCAGAAGUCGAAAGGAGGUUUGUAUGGCACUCUGAAUAACAUCGUAAGGAUCUGCCAGCAACAAGGUGUUCCGGUCAUGCGGGCAUCAGAACGACGCGGCGUUCGUAGCAUAUGUAACUUGGUGCAGCCGCUCAACGUUUGUGGAAUCUGCAACUAUGAAGGAUGUGAGGAAAUGUUCUGGAAGUUGUUGGAUUUGACACACAAGGCUCCACAAUGUAGACCGGCAGAAAUGGUGGCUUCGCUUCCAAGCGCUGCACUGUUUUAUCGCACAGACAGCAAUCGGUCUUCAGACAUGUUGGAUACCGUUCAGGAAGAAACCAGCCUGGAAAUUGGCGGCACGGAAGAUGGUUCGCUGGGUUUUAGUGUUCAACAAACCGACCAUGUAAUGGACCCAUUGGGCAUAAAAAUUGAAGACUGGUUAAGAAAAAACGAAUAAAUGAAAGGAAUGUUUGCUUAGUGACACCUCAGCACAUUUUUUAAACUACUUACUGAGGUGCUUGUGUCGUAAGAUCGAAUCUUCUCAGUGGACCAAUGUUUCUCUGAUUGAAUUGUUUCUUUUGUCACAGUUGGUAGAGUCACUGUGUUUGGCCAACUUGCCUGGGUCGAAGGAUCAAACCAUCUCGGUGGACCCAUUGGCUGAUUGAAUUUUUUCUUAUGUCACACUGGGUAGAGUCACUGUGUUUGGCCGACUUGCUCGAGUCGAAGGAUCAAACCAUCUCGGUGGACCCAUUGGCUGAUUGAAUUUUUUCUUUUGUCACACUGGGUAGAGUCACUGUGUUUGGCCGACUUGCCUGGGUCGAAGGAUCAAACCAUCUCGAUGGACCCAUUGGCUGAUUGAAUUUUUUCUUAUGUCACACUGGGUAGAGUCACUGUGUUUGGCCGACUUUCCUGGGUCGAAGGAUCAAACCAUCUCGGUGGACCCAUUGGCUGAUUGUUUUUUUCCCUCAUCCCAACCAGAUUGGAUUUUUUUUUUUUUUUGUCAAACUCCAAGUGUGUGCCCGAGUUGCUUGGGUCAAAGGAUCGAACCAUCUCGGUAGACCCGUGGUAUGUGCUGUCCUGUCUGGGGGGAAGAGGAUAUAAAAGAUUCCUCUAUAGGAAGGAAGGAGAUGUUUUAUUUAACGACAGACUCAACA